GUUCCUCAGUCUGCUGGUGAUAGCGCUUUUAUUGUGAAAUGAAACCGGAAGUGACGUUACUGUAUUAGCUAGCUAGCAAUGGACCAGCCUGGAGGAGCAGUGUGGAGGCCGCCCCGAGCCUGUGACGACUACUGGAGUGAAUUCAGACACUGCAAAAGCUUGAGGAAUUGUUUUCACCAUUAUUACACUCACGGUACCGCCCCAUCCUGCCAGCAGUGGAAAGAGGACUACAGUAACUGCAGAGAGUGGGAGAAACACAGAGGCACCGAGGCCAAGGAAGCCUUGCAGAAGAGUGAGAGGAACCGAGUGGCAGAGCAGAAAAACUUCACCCCAGUGUGGGAACUGAGGCGAGACCCUCCCAGAGACUGGCACAUGCCCCUGAACCAGGAAAGACCUCAGGACUCCUGAACUGUCUCUAAAAAUCUGUUGUCUCUGUUCUAUGACGGCCAAAGCAAGGUGAAAUGAAGAGUUGACAUUCUUGUCACUUAGAGGACUUAACAAAAUCAUUUAGAGCCACGUGAUGGAGAGACUGGUCAUCACUUAUUGCUGUCUCAAACUGUAUUCAAUGAUCUGCUGUAUGGAAACAGAUAUGUACUGUAUAUUAAAACGGUGGUAGCAGCAUCUAGUGGUCA